AUGGAAUCCAUCAAUGUUGUGUUUAGUGACUUAGACAACUUUGCUAGUUUUUCAGAAGAAGAAGAAAUCCACACUCUUGUUGACACAUUCAUUAUGCCUGUUGCAUCACAGACUACAGGUGAACUAAGUGGAUAUAAAAUUGAGGAAAUUGAUGCUACCAUUGAAACUUCUGAGACUUUCGAUGUGUCUUCCAUUCCAGAAAAUAUUGUUUCCUCUGACUUAGGAAUUCAUCAUAAAAAAGGGACCACCAACAUGGAUGCCCAAAGUUCAUCCUCUAUCCUCCAUUUGGAGCCUAAAUUUGUAAAGGAUGCCCUUAAAGAUGAGCAAUGGAUAUCUGCCAUGCAAGAUGAGUUUCAAAAAUUUGAGAGAAAUGAAGUGUGGACCCUUGUUCCUCAUCCUUUGGGUGCCAACAUCAUUGGUACUAAGUGGAUAUUCAGAAAUAAGACUGAUGAAGUGGGAAAUGUGGUGUGCAAAAAAGCCAUAUUAGUUGCUCAGGGGUAUACUCAGAUUGAGGGAGUAGACUUUGAGGAAACAUUUGCACUGAUGGCUAGAUUGUAA